CCUGAUUCUCGCUACUGUCAGAGCAAAAAUGUCUGCUCACUUAUCCUAUGGAAGAGUCAAUUUAAACAUUUUGAGAGAAGCAGCGCGGAAGGAGCUCCGUGAGUUUUUGGACAAAUGUGCAGGAAGCAAGGUAAAACGCCUGGAUUAAAGCGUAAAAAAAUUACAAAACCUUUUACCUUGUUUUAAUCCGAAUUGUCUGUUCAACACUAGCUAGCAUUCUAGGCUAUCAUCCACAUAAAAAAUAAUUGGGUUGUUGUGGUACAUAGUCAUCCACAUAGUUAGUAGCUAAAUAGAUGCAGUUGAUUCAAGGGUCAACUUUGGAACUCAAACUGUAUUUAUGUGUCUAAAAUUGUUGUUGACUGUCCUUAGGCUGUUGUGUGGGAUGAAUACCUGACUGGACCCUUUGGAUUGAUAGCACAAUAUUCCUUGCUGAAGGUAAGACUGGCUAAAAUGUGUACUUCGGUGUGUAGACCUAACACUUUUUUAUAAGAGAGUCUGACAGAAUGGCAACAAUGAAUCCUUGUGUUUUCAAAGGCUCACAUUACAGCAAUAGCAAAAUGUCAAGCUGGUUGUUGACAGAUAUGUCUUCUUUAUAUCUUCUAGGAACAUGAGGUGGAGAAGAUGUUCACCCUCAAAGGGGGGCGUCUCCCUGCUGCUGACGUGAAAAAUAUCAUAUUCUUUGUCCGUCCCAGACUGGAACUGAUGGAUAUUAUAGCAGAGAAUGUCAUCAGGUCAGCAUCCCAGGGGGAGGUGAGGGAGUAGCACAAACUGGGGUCUCUACGGAAUGUGACCAUCAGUGUGCGGUCGUUGGUGGUGAACAGGGUUGACUUCUUGGCGUUCAUGUGUAGUGUGAUGAAUAUGAGUGAUCAGGUUAAGAAAAAGUCUGCAUGCAUAGAUGUGGCGGUACGCACGGCCAAAGAUUUUUCCUGGGAAUUACAGAAGCAACCUAUUAAGUGUUUUUUGCAGUCCUUCAAUGGAACGCUAGAAGCUUAAUAGCUAACGGGCAGGAGUUUAAGAAGUUUGUAUAUGACAUGGAAGUAGUGCCAGAUGUAGUGUAUGUCCAAGAGGCAUGGCUCAAACCUCAGCUGGAGUUUGUGAUUCCGGGAUUCAGUUCAGUAUGGUGUGAUAGAGGGGAGGGGUCGGGUGGGGGUUGUGCUACGUUUGUUAAAGAGGGGAUGGCGUACAGCGUAUUGGAGAUACAGGAAUUGGAAUGUGUGGGGAUAGAAAUAUGUAGGAAUAGAGGUAACAAUUGUAAUAGUUAAUUUCUAUAACCCCUGCAAACCUCUCAUGUUAGAACAGUUAGAAGGGAUUGAUAGGACAUGUAGGGAUAGGAAGGUAAUAUGGUGUGGUGAUUCUAAUGCCCAUAAUGAAAUCUGGGGAAGUACGCAUAAAGAUAACAAUGGGAGUAUAGUCAAAGAAUUUAUGGAUAACAGGAUUAGUGUGUGUUAAUGAUGGGAGGGGGACGAGAAUCAAUGUGGCGAGGGGUACAGAGUUUUCCUUGGACUUGACAUUGGUGUCUCCCGAGUGGCGCAGUGGUCUAAGGCUAGCUGUGCCACUAGAGAUCCUGGUUCGAAUCCAGGCUCUGUCGUAGCCGGCCGCGACCGGGAGACCCAUGGGGCGGCGCACAAUUGGCCCAGCGUCGUCCAGGGUAGGGGAGGGAAUGGCCGGCAGGGAUGUGGGUUCGAUUCCCACGGGGGGCCAGUGUGAAAAAAUAAAAAAAAUAAUGUAUGCACUCACUAACUGUAAGUUGCUCUGGAUAAGAGCGUCUGCUAAAUGACUAAAAUGUAAAUGUAAAAUGUAUCUGCGGCGGUGCCAGGGAGGUGUGAAUGGGAAGGGAGGAGAGAAACCACGGUAGUGAGUGAUCAUUUUCCAGUUCGAUGUAAGGUCAAUAUGGAUGUGUGUAUGCAGAGUAGAGGCAAUAACAUGAGGUGGUGCUGUUAGAAAGCUAACUGGAAGAUGUUCAAGUACCUGUGUGAGCGGGCAGGACAAAAAUGAUCAAUGGAGGGGUCUGUGGAUGAGGCAGUAACGUCUGUAAUUAUAUCAGCUGCAGAUGUGACUGUUCCAGUGUGUUUGGGGGGAGGAAGACGGCGGGUGGUGCCAUGGUGGACAGAUGAGUGCUCAAAGGUGGUGCGGGAAACGGAUAUAGCUCUACAGGUACUUAGGAAUGGCUUGACAGAAAGGAAUAUCAUGGAGUAUCAAAGCAAGAGAGCGACGGUGAGAAGAACGAUUAAGAUAGCGAAAGGGAGGCAUGGCGGGAAUUUUGCUCCACUAUUGGUAGAGGGACCGAAAUUGGUGCAGUUUGAAAAAAUUAUGGGGAAGGGAAUUCCAUGUUGGUAGACGGAAAUGUCACAGCUGUAUCAAGUAAAGAAAAGGCAAAGUCCUGGUGCAUUUGCAGCGGUCCAUAGAUGUGAGCACCUUUGUGAUGAGAGUAAGAGGAGACGUAGGGAAAAGUUAAAGGAGCGUGGAGAUGUUUUAAAGAAAAAAGGGGAGUCAGGAGGAGCUAUGGAUGCAGUUUUCUAUGUUUGAGAUGACAAGGACGUUGGAGGGCUGCGGGCGGACUGCUCCUGGAGAAGAUAGGCUGUGUUAUGUGAUGUUUAAGCAUGCACCGAACAGUGUGUUGGAAGCAGUGUUAGGGUUGUAUAAUAAGUUGUGGAGGACAGGGGUGAUACCUGCUGGGUGGAAACGUGCGGUGGUGUUGUCGUUUGUAAAUCCAGGUAAAGAUCCCGCUAGGGUGGGCAGUUAUAGGCCUAUCGCGCUGACAUCCAACAUGUGUAAAUUGAUGGAAAAGAUCAUAGUGAGUAGGAUGAUGUAUUUCUUGGAAGUUAGGGGUUUGAUGAGCGUAGCACAGAGUAGGUUCAGGAGAGGGAGUCUGCCAUGGAUGCCCUGGUGACAGUUAGUACAGAGAUAGCCAAGGCCCUGACAUUAAAAGAGGUGUUGAGUGUUGUGUAUUUUGACAUUGAGAAAGCUUACGAUACCUUGUGGAGGGAAGGGUUCUUGAUCAAGUUGAGUGCAUUGGGGGACGUCUGUAUAACUGGAUCAUGGACUACUUGUUCAAUCGAGUUAUACGGGUGGGGUGGGGUCAGAAUUGUCAAUGCGGUUUGAAGUGGACAAUGGCAAUCCUCAGGGAAGUGUGGUUAGUCCGGUGUUGUUCACCCUGAUGAUAGAUUACAUAUUUAAGGAUGUGGGACAGGGAGUGGGUGUAUGGCCUUGCAUGCUGAUGAUGGGGAACAGAGGUGGGAAUGUAAAAUUUGUGAUGAGGAAGAUCCAAGAAGCUGUCGGAGUUGUGCUAGAUUGGUCUUUGACCUGGGGGUUUAGGAUGUCUGUGGCCAAGUCCUGCUUUAUGGUGUUUUCUAGGAAGAAGGUUAAAGAUGUUAGGCUGCAAAUAUAUGGUCAGGAUAUAGUCAAUUUGUAAGUCGCUCUGGAUAAGAGCGUCUGCUAAAUGACGUAAAUGUAAAUCUAAAUGUAAUGCACUAAUUUGUAAGUCGCUCUGGAUAAGAGCGUCUGCUAAAUGACGAAAAUGUAAAUGUAAUAUAGGUAGGGUGUCAGAGUUUCAUUAUUUAGGUAUGUGGUUUGAUGAGAGGCUUAGGUGGAAGAGACAUGUUGAGCAUAUUGAAAUUAAGUGUAGGAAGGUGCUGAAACCUCAUGAGGGCAGUGGCAGGAUGUGAUUGGGGGUCGGAUAGACAAACACUGUUGUAUAUGUAUCAGGCAUUGAUCUGAUCAGGUCAUCUAUGGAUUAUGGGUGCUUUGUGUAUGGAUCAGCAGCCAGAACGGUACUACAGCGCCUGGAUAGGAUACAUUCAAGGGCCCUGAGAUUGUGUGUGGAUGCCUUCAGGACGACACCUGUUGAGGCAUUGCAGGUGGAUAGUGGGAAACUGCCACUGAGGAUAAGGCGGGACAAACUUGCAUUAGCGUACUGGGCGAGUUUGAAAGAGAGUUCAGAAGGGGAAUUCUGGGAGCGAGGAGUAGGUAAGCAGAGGGCGUACGGGUGGACAAUCGGGCAGAAAGCGGUAGAAUAUGGACUGGGGGAGAUAGAGAUAGGGACAGUAAUUGCAUUGGGGAACUUUCCUCCGUGGCUGUUUCCGAAACCAAGUGUAGAUGUGGACAUGAUUGAGGGUAGGAGAGAAUGGGGUGAGGACGUGAGUCGUUGUGUGGAGAGAUACAGUAAAUAGAUAAUCUGUUUUAUUCAUUUUUAAGGAUAUAUACAGAUGGUUCAAAGGAUCCAGUCAGUGGUAGGGUGGAGGCAGGGGUGUAUAUCCCAGAUUUCAAUGUUAGAGUAUGUAAGCGGUUAACUGAUUAUGUGUCAGUGUAUGCGGCCGAGUUGAUGGCCAUGAUUAUUGGUUUGAGAUGGAUGGAGGAGGUAAAACCACAGAGUGGUGAUCUGCUCUGAUUCGGGUGCAGUGUUGAGUAGUGUGAAGACGGGCAGGUCAGAUAGGGGAGACUUGUUUGUUGAGAUGAUGGUGCUGUUAAUGGGAUUGGAGAGGAUGGGAGUGGUGGUAAGCUUUUGCUGGGUUCCCGCCUAUGUGGGUGGGGAGGGUAAUGAGAAGGCCGAUGUGGUGGCUAAGAGUGCGGUGAGGAGAGAGGGGGUAGAUAUUCAGGUCCCGCUGGGCCGGAGGGAAGUCAAGUCCUUGAUCUGGGCAAAAGGACAUGAUCUUUGGCAAAGGGAGUGGGAUGCUAGUAGUAAGGGGAGGCAAUUUUAUCGCAUGCAUCAGUCAGUUAAGGAAGAGAUGGGGAGUAUGGGAUGUAGGAGAGGAAGUUUUGUGGAGUAGAUUACGGUUUGGGCACACAGGUUUGAAUGCUAUGUUAUGGAUGAUAGGGAGACAUGAAACAGGUCUGUGUGAUGACUUUUUAGUGGAGGAAACGGUGGAGCAUGUGUUGAUAUUUUGUGAACUGUUUGACGUAGAUAGGGAGAGAUUGUGUGAAAGGGUUGAGAGGCUGGACAGGGUUGGGGUUUGGGUGGUGUAGUGGGGGGAGGGAAGUGGUGUCUAUGGUGCUAUUUCAUUUUCUUGGAGGAACAGGACUAAUGAUAAUUUAAUAUAGGUAGGCCGUAACUGGCCUCACAAUCCAGUACAGUAGGUGGCGGUGUAUGCACCUUAAAAGUUGGAUGUGAUCCGACAACCCAAUCUCAAAGAAGAACAAGAAGAAGAAGGUCAACAUCACAUUAUCUCACUGGCAUUAGGGGUGUAACGUUUAAAUGAGUUUGGGCUGGUUAACGUUUAGAAAACUUUUUUCAAACUUUUCUUUAGCCAUAUUAAAAUCACAGUGCAGUUAUCACAGAACUACCACUAACAGGUCCCGAUCAUCAUCAUCAUAAAGGCAUAAAUACAAAUUCACUGCAACGAGCCAUCACUUUGAUGAAAAGUGGGACAUGAAGUUCCAUGUACUGACAACUGAGAACAUGGAGGAGAGGCACACAACAGAGAACCUAAAAUGGCAUUAAAGGAUACAUUUUCUUAUUUACAACCACAUUUCUACUUUUGAUCUAAAUGGCAUCUAAUAGAAGGGUCCAGACACCUUUUUUGUGAUUUCAUAUGUUUUUGAGAAACUUACCGCAAAUCACUUCCUCAUCCUUGUUGUGUAGUAUGGGGGCCCCUAAAAAACAUGAACAAAGGCUACAAAAACACCCAAAUACAUCCUUUUAGAAACAGCAAAGUUCUCACUAUAGUGAUGCAGGGCUUCAGAUGCCCCUUGGCAUAGAUUCUACAAGUGUCUGGAACUUUCUGUGUGAAAGCACCCCAUGCUUUCAAUAUUCUUUCUAUCCCUCGUUUACUCAAGUGUUUCCUUUAUUUUGGCAGUUACUUGUAGAAUGGACGGAGAGGUAUUGCUCGAGUCGCAACAAAAUGGAAUAUAACGUUGCGGAUAAAGUUUGGAAUGACAGAAUUUCAUGUGUACAACAUCUAAAGACCUGCAUCACCAUACUGUGAGCUUUGCUAUUUCUAAAAGGACGUAUUUGGGUGUUUUUGGAGCCUUUGUUCAUGUUUUUUUUUUUUUCGGGACCCCGUACUACAAAACGAGGAUGAGGAAGUGAUUUGCUGUUUGGGGUAAGUUUCUGAAAAACAUGUCUGGACCCUUCUAUAACUUCCAUUUACAUAAAAAAUAGAGAUUUCGUUGUAAAUUUUUUUGGGAUCCUUUAAUACCAUCUUUGUUGAGUAGGUGGGGGAUAGCGGUAAGGUGAACACGGUCUAGCUGGUAGGUAGCCAGGACUGCGGUACAUUGAACUGCAUUGCCCCCUAGCGGUCAUGCGUGACCAUAUCUGAAUUUGGAAUUCACGUCAUUUUCAAAUGUUUUACAUUUGUCAUAUCCCUAUGUUAAACACUGUCCUUGUUUUUGGAGUAAUGCUGCAGCCAGUAUUGCAUCUGGGUGGGUGUGGAUGGGUUUUGCUUUCCCUCUUAUAGCGUAUCUCUUGUGUUCAAUGUGUGUUCCUGCAGUGAGGAUAAGAUGCAUUCCCCACGUGACUUCCACAUCCUGUUUGUGCCCCGGCGGAGCAUGCUCUGUGAGCAGCGGCUGAAGGAGCAGGGGGUCCUGGGCUCGUUCAUCAACAUAGACGAGUACAUCCUAGACCUCAUCCCCUAUGAUGGAGACCUGCUCUCCAUGGAGUCUGAGGGGGCCUUCAGGGUAGGUUAGGACAGGGACAUGCACAUAGACACAACACAUGUCCCAGUGCAUAGGCCCAGUAAGGCUCAGGUCCAAAGCUAUCGUUUGUAUUGUAUGGGGUAAUAACCCAUUCAUGUGCCCUGCCUGUCUGUUUUAGGAAUGCUAUCUAGAAAGUGACCAGACAAGUCUUUACCACACCGCCAAGGGCCUUAUGACUCUCCAGGCUCUGUAUGGGACCAUCCCCCAGAUAUUUGGGAAAGGGGAGUGUGCACGGGUGAGUAUAGGGAACGACUUGGGACUUCAUUAGGUUUAGAAUUCCAUAUUGGCAGCAGUGUUGUUAUUAGUUAUUUGGAAAUGUAAAAUAUUACUCAUUACAUUUAACAAAAGUAAAGCGGUACUCUACAAUAUGAAUUUGUGUGGAAAGUAACGUGUUAUAUUACCAGUUAUAUUACUUUGCAUUACUUUCAUGUAAAAAUCUCACAGUUUGUUUGACUAUCGGAGGGAGCAAGGCGAGCCGUAUGCGCUCUACCAAAGAUAGUCUACUAACUAAAGAUUUCCACACACUUAACGUGCGUAGAUCUACACGUGUGCAUACUCUUGGGUGGAGUCAGAAUUUAUUGGAGCACCUUUUGUAACAUGAUACCCUCGCUGGUCCAUGUGUUUUUAGACCCCCUAAUAGUAACAUACACAAGGGGGUGAUAGCAUAGAUUUUCCUGUUGUUGUCUUCCCAUUUGUGGCAAAAUCAAAGAAGAAUCACGUUUUAAACUUCAUCACCACUGUUAACAAAUUUUUAUGAAAACCAACUACAUAUUUGAUUGAUAGCUACAUGUAACGAAAGUUUAGGUUUGUUUUAAAUUACCUCGUUUUGUGCCUGCCAGUUGGCUGUAGGCUACUCUGCUAGCAGCUUGCUAGCUAGCUGGCUAAAAACAGCCAGGAAGCUAGCCUUUUAGCUUCCCACAUCUACCCAUGUGAAAUAAUCAGAUCUAUAAUUAAAUAGUAUGCCCUGACAAGUGUAACCUACAACAUUAGACCCAUUUUAUAUGCUGCUUGAAUAUAUUAGCUCCCAUAUCAGCUAAAAAUAGAAUGCUAUCAUUUUUGCUGAUGGAGAAAAUGAAAGCACAUGGCUUGGGGCUGUUUUUAGGUAGUCAAUCAGGUAGUUAUUACUUCGUAACAAAAUACCUUUGUGGGGGAUUCUAAUAAGGCUACAAUGUUGUUUGGUUAAUUGUUUGAAGAGUCACUGAGAUUAUAUUUUGUUAUCAAUGCAAAAUAGACCACUUAUUUAAUGCCAAGCUAAACUAAGACAGCAAUCUUGAAGUUGAAGUGAUUUUGAAGUUGAUUAGCUUCCCACAUCACCAUGUGAAAUAAUCCGAUUUAUAAUUAAGCAAUAUGGCCAGAGGGGUGUGUGGUAUAUGGCCAAUAUACCACGGCUAAGGGCUGAUCUUAUGCACAACGCAACGCAGAGUGCCUGGAUACAGCCCUUAGCCAUGUAUAUUGACAAUAUACCACAAACCCCAGAGGUGCCUUAUUGCUAUUAUAAGCUGGUUACCAACUUAAUUAGAGCAUUAAAAAUAAAUGUUUUGUUGUACCCGGUAUACGGUCUGAUAUACCACGGCUGUCAGCCAAUCAGCAUUCAGGGCUCGAACCACCCAGUUUAUAAUUAAAUAAUAUACCCUGGCAAAUAUUCUUAUACUUGCCGGUGCCUACAACAUUAUCCUAAUUUGAUAUGCUGCUUCACUGUAUUCACUCCCAUAUCAGCUAAAAAUAGAAUGUCAUCAUUUUUAGUCAUGGAGAAAAACAAGCACAUGGCUAUCUGUUUUUGCGUUUCAAAAUAGCCUAGAAUAACGUUAUCACUUCUAAUCAAAAUACCUUUUGGGGGGAUUCUAAUAAGGCUACAAUGUUGUUUGGUUUAUUGUUUGAACAGUUGCUGAGAUGAAAUUUGGUUUUCAAUGCAAAAUAGGCUGCUUAUUUAAUGCCAAGCUAAACCAAGAUAGCAAUCUUGAAGUUGAAGUGAUUUUGAAGUUGAUUAGCUUCCCACAUCGCCAUGUGAAAUAAUCAGAUUUAUAAAUAAAUAAUAUGCCCUGGCAAAUGUUUGUGUACUUGUCGAUGUAACCUACAAUGUUAUCCCAGUUUAAUAUGCUGCUUGAAUGUAUUCACUCCCAUAACAGCUAAAAAUAGAAUGUCCAAUAGCCUACUUCUAAACAAAAUACACUUUUGGGGGGGAUUCUUUUUUUUAAACGUUUUUUUUUUGUUUUUCAGACAACAGACAAUAAACAACAUUUCCCAGACAUGGAUCCACUAAACUAGACAUGACGUUGGCUGGGACUUAAAGCCCAACCUUCAACAUAAAAAAACAUUAUUGACAUCAUACUUGCUAAAACCUACAUGUUCCCACAGUAUCCAUAUCCAUCUUUGUUCUCAUAAUAUUUUUUUUUCUCAUUUGUCAUCUUUUUGAUAUUUCUAGGGCUUGUAACACUUUAUGCCAUAUGGCUUCAAAUUGUUCCCUUUUAUUUCUGUAGCCCACAUUUUUUCAAUAUUUUGGGGGGAUUUUAAUAAGGCUACAAUGUUUGGUUUAUUGUUUGAACAGUCGCUGAGAUUAUAUUUUCUUAUCAAUGCAAAAUAGGCUACUUUGAUACAUAGCCUAUAGAUCAGAUCAAGGAACCAAGCGAGCUUCAUUGCCUACACAACACUGCCCCCACGACUACUCAAGUAAUGACAUAGCGUGUUAUAAUGUUAAUGUGGUACGGGAGUAUGUCAAAUGUCGGAGCGCUCUACAAGGAGCCACCCCUUUUGAGACUAAAAAGGACAUUGCGACACUGCGCUACGCACCUGAUUGGCGGGCAGUAUGUUCUUAGAUUAAUGCAUUAAUUGUGUUAGAAAUAAAACCCUCAUGUCUUCUCCAUGUGCAGCAUGUAGCUAACAUGAUGCUUAGGAUGAAGAGGGAGUUUGCUGGCAGUCAGACACAGAUCCUACCUGUGUUUGACUCACUGCUGCUGCUGGACCGCAACAUAGACCUGCUCACCCCUCUGGCCACACAGCUCACCUAUGAGGGCCUCAUUGACGAAGUCUAUGGAAUCACCAACGGUGAGGAUGGGCCUCUGUUAAUGCAUGAAAACACAAUGCAAGCUAAAUACAGACAUAUUUAAUCACAUUGAUUGACAUAAAGACAUCUUGAGGGGUUUCUGUCGAUUUGUGUAUGGGGUUUUGGACCUUUGUGUGCUUUGUUUGCUUGUUUAUCUAUUCUGUGCGCAUGCAAACAUAGGUUAUGUCAAGUUGCCUCCUGAGAAGUUUGCUGCCCAAAAGAAGCAGGCUGAGGCGGGUAAAGACCUGCCCACGGAGCCCAAGAAGAUGCAGCUCAACUCCGCAGAGGAGCUGUAUGCUGAAAUACGGGACAAAAACUUCAACGCCAUAGGGGCUGCACUGAGCAAGAAGGCCAAGAUCAUCUCUGCUGCCUUUGAGGUUGGCUUCAUCCAAGCGUGCACAGACAGACAGAUUCUCUGUAACCACUCCUGUCUAAUUUGAUCCAAAUCACUUUGUUAAUGUGUUAUAAAGGUCACUUCACAAACUGGUGAUAACAAUCUCAGAUAAGUCCCAAUGUCAGACCACGCAAGCUCAAUUACAUUAGCUACCGCUUUCUCUAAUCAUAUCAAUUUGUGUUCUUAUUGAUAACCUUCUAUGUGCCAGGUAGACUUUUCAGAAGGUGGUUUUCCAAUGGCAAAAAGUAAAGCCAACUAACAAUUAGUAUUAUCGAUCAAGACCGUAAACACACUUUUUAUGAUAAAGGAGUGGCAGAUUAAAGCAACAAAAAAGCAGUUUUCUGCUGUGUUUAGGUUAUGCGUAAUCUCCCACUGAUUAUUUGUUACGCAUCCCCAACAGGCCUACACUUUUGGCAUCAUAACUGUCACUGGAUGUUUUGCAUGUGAUAAUUAGACUGAAUUAGACCCACACCUGUGGGUGUUUCAGUUGAUGUAUUCUUAUAUUUCUGUCUUGCCCAGACCUGUUCCCAAUCAAAGUUGAUUUUCUCUAGUUUGAUGGAUGACCGUAUCAGUGAGAGCAUCAGCUGUUCUCCAGGCAACACACCAUUUCUUACUACUGUUAUACCUACAUGGCAGCAUUCCAUACUGUAUGUUUAAUCUGAAAUCAUUCCCACAUAUUUGGGUUGAGUUCAGUGUCUGUUUAUUGUGUAGUUGAUAAGUAGAUUUUUUUGUAAUUACCUAGGGGAUUUUAGUCAUCUCAACCGGCUCUCACAUUUCACAACAUCUGUAUGUAACACUACACAGUCUCUUUUUUCCAGUGUUAAUGUUAGUUCAUUGAUUUUGUCUUGCAGGAGCGACAUAAUGCCAAAACAGUGGGCGAGAUAAAGCAGUUUGUGUCCCAGCUGCCCCACAUGCAGGCAGCACGGAGCUCGCUGGCCAAUCACACCUCUAUAGCUGAGCUCAUCAAGGACAUCACCAGUGAGAAGAACAACUUUUACUCCUUCUCCUUUCAUGUCCAACUAACAACUCUUCAUUCCUCAUCCCUUCUUUCUAUGUCUUCAUCUGUUUUUCUUCCUGCCCUCCACCCUAAAAAAUGGAUACAAUCUGAUCUUGGUGACAUUUAAUGUGGUGGACUUUGUCAAAUGUGUGGCAUAUCGUUUAGAGAAAGACUAUUGUUGAUACUCGUUGACAGAGGUAAAGGGAUAUUCUCUCUCUUUCUCUCUCACUCUGAUUCAGCCUCUGAGGCCUUCUUUGAUAACCUGACAGUGGAGCAGGAGUUUAUGACUGGAGUUGACACAGACAAGGUACACAAGGUUUUCAGUGCUUUGUAUAUUGUAGUGUGGACAUGUGGUUGGCUCUGAUAAUAUUUGAAGCUGCCUUCACUAUAAACAGAAUGUUUUGCUUAGUCCCUGCAUGCAUGUGUGUGCUCAUGUCUAGGCUUGCUGACCAACCGCCCCUUUUUCCCAUUGUCCAGGUUAACACAUAUAUUGAGGACUGCAUCGCCCAGAAGGAUCCUCUGAUCAAAAUCCUGCGGCUGGUCUGUAUGCAGUCGGUCUGCAACAACGGUCUCAAGCAGAAGGUGUUGGACUACUACAAGAGGGAGAUCCUUCAGGUGCAUUUUCUUCUGAUUACAUUACAAUAAGUCAGUGUUUUAAUACUAGUGAUGGUCUUUUGAAGAUGUGAUGAAAACUACUGUGGCAACAUGAUUGACCUGUGCUGUUUUCUCCAGACCUAUGGAUACGAACACAUGCUUACCCUCAACAACCUGGAGAAGACAGGUCUUCUGAAGCUCCAGACAAGCACCAGGAAUAACUACCCCACUAUCAGAAAGACACUCAAGCUCUGGAUGGAGGAUGCCAACGAACAGGUGAAUGAAUUCCAUGAGGGAGACAUAAUGUAGUCUGGGAGGGGGGAGGGUAACACUUACACCUGUGUAAUAACACUGUUAUUAUUCUAGUGACAAUUUAGUCAUUGCUUUGGAAUUGCACAAUAAUGGAGUUGGGUUGUUUUUUUUAUUAAGCAAGUUGAGGAAAAAAUGCUCAAAGCAUUAACCAAAUUUCUAUGUAACAACAACCUUACCAAAACUCAUGUGCAUACUUUAUCUCCGACUGUGAGAGUGGGAUUUGUAUGUAGUAUUGUCUGUACUGAUACCCAGCUUGUGUGUCUGUCAUCUUCCUCCAGAACCCCAAUGACAUCUCCUAUGUGUAUAGUGGUUAUGCUCCUCUCAGCAUCCGUCUGACCCAGGUGUUGGCCAGGCCCGGCUGGCGCAGCAUCGAGGAAGUUCUGAAGAUGCUCCCAGGUCCACACUUUGAGGAGAGACAACAGCUGCCUGCCGGCCUCCAUAAGAAACGUAAGGACCGCAGGAGACCAAGGCAGCCAGUUGCUCUCUUGCUCAACAAGCUGAGCUAUUGAAAGGCUGGGUGAAUGAUCACCUGUGUGGUGAUCUGCUGGCUGUAGAUAAGAGCUUGCUUUGUCCAUGCCGUGCCACAUGUCUUUGAGCAGCAGUUGAUUUAUUGUACACAGUGAACAAAACUGGACAUUACCGUUAAGUGUGCGUCUGUUUGGGUGAUUGUUUGUGUAUGAAAGAGGAGGGGCAGAGACCUUUCAGAGACCAGAGUGUUGAAUAUCCUUCUCAUCUUAAGCAUUGUAACUGUGCGUUGCUGACUCCAGGGUCAGUUUGGACAUCUCAUUGACAAGGGGAUAAUUAAUUUGAUGAGAUGCCUUUUAUUUACACCAUGUAAUGUGUUAAUUAGAACUGUGAGUUUGGGUAAUAGACAGUUGACUUGUUUUUACAUGUCUGCCAUAUCUUUGUUCUAGAAAGGUGAUAAUGGAAGACUGACAAUAGACAAGCCUGUUGUAGCAGGAAGAGGGCGGAGUUUGUUUGAGAUUUGAGAGAAUAAUGUGUGGGUGGGACAUGGGUGGAUGGGGGUUGACUCGAGGCGCUGUGUCUCUUACUUUCUUUGUGUAUUUACAUGUACAAUAUCGGUUUUUGAGAUUAAAGUAACCUCACUUCAAAACAAACAUACUCUGCUAAGUAAUAAUAUUAAUAAUUUGGUGGGUGCUUAUAUUUGUCCUGUUUCACAUGUGUGAAAUAGAAAUGUGUUUUUUGCAUUUACCAACUCCCCUUGAGUCACCCUCAGAGAGUGGUGCACCCUGUGAUCUCCACCCUGUUUGACUGUUUUCUCUCCCCACUCUGUCCCACAGGCCAGCAGGGGGAGAACAGGACCACACUGGUGUUCUUUCUGGGAGGGGUGACAUACGCGGAAAUCGCUGCCCUGCGCUUCCUGUCUCAGAUGGAGGAUGGUGGCACAGAGUACAUCAUUGCCACCACCAAGCUCAUCAAUGGUACCAGCUGGAUCAAGUCUCUGAUGGACCGCCCGGAGGCCCAGGCCCCCUGAGCCCGCUGCCGCCCCCUCGGGGGAACAGAUGCACAGCUAGACAGACACAUCAAACAGUCGGAACAAAAGACCUUGCCGCUUCUUUUUAAUGUCCAUAUUCCAGCGCCCUGCAGGUGUGUCUGAUUGAUCUCAGCAACUGUCAGUGUGAGGUGACCAGGAGUCAGCUCCUCAAUUCUCCCUGUCCUUUGCCUGCAACUCUAACAGCUUGCUAAAUGCACAUCUCCAUUGUCACCUGCUUUGGUCAUUGUAUGGAGCCGAGAAGAUGUAAUCUUACUUGGGGCAUGUUGGAAGGUUUUGAGAUCAUUGUAAAAAAUAUAUAUAUAUACUGUAUUAACACAAAGGCUGAAAGGAAGAUGCUUGUAUUAUUAUUGUUUAUUAUUUUUGUGAUUUCAACCUAUAUUUUGUGU